AUGGCUUUACGUGCUCUCCGAGGCACGGCGGUGAAAUACCGCCAACUUCCCAACUCCGGACUAUUCCUGAGGCUCACUAAACAGAAAGACUCAAUAACUAAACUUGGCCUGACCCGGGAUUUGAACCCAGGACCUCCGGGUGUGCAACCGUACAAGCUAGCCACUACACCACCGAGGCAGUUUAACCUGUACAGUGCUACCACUGUGGUUAAU